AUGGAGGAGAGCUUGUUCAUCAACCUCGAGGGGAAGGACCACCUCCUAGAAUUAAUUAAAAAAUAUGAGGAGAGGGUGAAGCGCGGACAGCCCGCCAACGUGGUUUUGCCUGGGGGGGGCAGAAAGAACUCCUUCGUUUCUGAAAGCGACAAGCUGCACCUGCUGCAGUGCCUCGGCAGAGCCAGCUUCAACAAGGGAGGAACUUUGGGUGGUGCCAAAAAAAAGGAAAACGUCUUUCGCUACCAUUCGUUUUGCAUAAAUGGGGGGGAGGUGACCAGCCCUCCUGGGGGGGAGAAGCCCGCCUUGCAGAGGGGAAGCCGCGGCGCUCUGCAGAAAGGAAGUCAUGCCACUCUGCUGGGGGGAAGUCGUGCCGCUCUGCAGAAAGGAAGUCAUGCCGCUCUGCAAAGGGAAGGCCCCGCUUCCUCGCAAAAACUAAGCGCUGCGAAGGGGACGGCCAAGCAGUGGCUCAGGCCGCAGCAGAGGAGCGUCAAGCUGGUGCCGAAGAAGGCGUCACCGGAGGGGGUGAGGGACGCGGAAAAAGCAGCACCAGAGGAGGGGGAGGAGGAUGACGCCUCGAAGAAACUCCACCCGUCGCCCCCACUCAACGCAAAAGACACACCAACACAACCCCAUGGCUGCUCACAACUGCACAAAAAGGAGCAACACACCCAAGCGGCCCCCACCUGUAAUGACAAGAUGAAAAGACAAAGAGGAGAUAACCUCCCUCCUCUCCAAAAGAAUAACUCCUCCCGCUCAAUGCAAAUCUCAAAAGGAAAAAAAAAGAAGAAAGAUUCUUUUAAAAAUAAUUAUGGGGUAGACUUAGUACCUUCUGCUGUACAUGGGAAGAAGAGCUGUCCUAAUUUGGCCCCCCGGGGCGUAAAUCCUUCGCGGGCUAAAACUGUGCAGUCAGCCGAAUGGGUGAAGAAGACGGCGAGCCGGACGAGAGAGGGACUCCCUACUGAGGCAGGGCUUAAACCCCAAAGGGGCCGCACUCUCGUUGGUAGGCCUAACUUGGUGGGCGGGCACCCCAGCAUCUGCAGCAGCUGCAGUAGUGACAGCCGAAGCGCAUCGCACCGAAGCAAGAACCCCAAAUGGGGAACACCCCGUGGGGGAGGAAAGAAGGGUCGUCUCCCCGGAGAUGAGCAGAGUAGGCACACGAGCAACUUACACAUGCAGGUGGACCAUUCUUUGGAAAACUCCCUCAUCCUCACGCUGUCAUCAUCAUCGCCAUCGCCAUCCUCUUCUUCGCCUUCCUCAUCCUCCAAUGUGAUUUCUUCCGUCUCUUCGUACCACAAGGAGGGAAGGAGAAGAAGCUCCGGGGCUGUGAGGGUGCACCCACGUGAGACAGGACACGCGGUGAAGGUGAAUGAGAGCAUUUCCCUUGUUGCCACUCCUUGUGAAAUGGACGCCCAGAAGGAGGAAAUGUGCAGAGAUGAGGGGGCCCCCGCCAAUGGGGGGGAGCCCGUCAGGCAGGACGAACCGCUGGGCCACCCACGGAGGAGCGACGAGGAGUCCCAGGCGGUGCGAAGGAAAAAGGGCAAAGGGAACUCCAGGGGGAAGGGGCCAAAAAGGGGUGUCCCCAACGGGGGAAAGGCUGGCCAGUUGCAUCCUACUGGUCAGGUGCACCCUCCUAAACAGCUGCCGCAUGCUGACCGGCUCCCUCAUGCUGACGACGUUGGCCCGGCGGACGAAAUGCGCCACAUCGUUCGGCACAAGAAGGCCAUCACCAAGCUGAAGAAGAAAAUUCUAAACGGGGUUAAGCGGAUUAGGGGGGAAGCAGCGUUGGCGAAUCGCGGCGGAGAGUUCGCGCAGUUUGUUAAGCGGGCCAAGAGGGCGCUGGAGGAGCGGCGGACUGGGUCAAGGCCAUCCACUGGGAAGGCAGCUUCACCAGAGGGGCGAGGCGAAUCUGAGUCGCACCCACGGGCAGACACGUGCGAGCUCUUCGUACAGGAAAACAAAAACGAAGCGCUGAUUAGGAGAUACCUAAACAGGCAGAAGCAGCUGAUGAACCACGUCAACGCGUAUAUUUUGUUUCACCAAAGGAAGUACCUGAAGGAGUGCCUACGCAGAAGGAGAGGAGACAAGAAGAGCGGCGUGGCAUUUUCUUUGGAGGGGGGACAGAUCGAUCAGGGUGUCGUUAAGGGAGAGGUGAGUCCAGAGGAGGGGGAGAAAAACGAAAGGAGGGACCAACCAGGGGUGGAAAUGAAAGGAGGGGAGGUCUCUCCAGUGAUUAGCCUACCACAGGGGGGAGACCUCCAGAUGGUUGUGCCUCCACUGUUAAGGGAAGCUACGCGGAGGAGUUCCCAGGGGGGUCACCUCGAGGAGGACUCAACGGCGAAGCAGUCAUUCUUGGCAGCACAUGAGGGAGAGGAAAAUGCAAAAAAGGAGCCGCAAGGCAAAUUAAAGAAAAACCAAAUGAACCUUAAAGAUAAGGAUAGCGCCCAAGCGAGCAUUCCACACCAUCGUGCAUUUGAAGAGAAGGUCAUUCAGGUUGGGAGCUUCUCUUCGCAAAGAGUGAAGCAGUUCCUCAACGGAAGCGACAUCAAAACGGAGGAAGUGGGAAGGACAGACGGAUGGGGUGCCCUCGGGAGAAGCUCACUUUGCCCCCCCCAUUUUGACACCCUAAGCAAACGAAGCAGCAAAGUUAACGCGAUGAGGAGCGGCAGAAUGUUCCUGUGCUCCAGUGAGGAGAAGCCACUUCUCCAGAAGUCGCUACGUGGGGAGAAGCCGCUAAAUGAGAAACCGCUAAAUGAGAAACCGCUUCGCCAGAACGAAGCUCCACGUGAGGAGCGCCUCCGUGCGGUUCGACUCAAAACAGGGGGAGAGGUGCGACUCGCCCCGAACGUCAGAGCGGACCUCCUGGACAACUGCGCGGCGGUUUUUGCCUUUCUGAGGAGCCAGCUGAAGAGGGUAAACUGGUCCCUCACGGGGGGCCACUCCACCGGGGGAAGCCGCUCCUUCGGGGGGGGCCACUCCACCAUGGGAAGCCGCUCUUUCGGAAGCACCUCCCCAACGAAAGGUGCACCCCCCAAAAGGGAGGACCCCCAACGUGACUACCUGCUCAGUUUGCGAAGAAGCGUCAAGAGGCAUCUGGAGGAGCUACGAAGGACGAAAAUUGUGGCUUUCAUCCUUUCGGUCCUCCCUGAGAAAGGCAGCUCCCCGUGCACGCCGACCUGCAACGUGAAGCCAGUGGGGAGGCCCCACACAGCUGCAAUGCGCGUAGGAAGGUUGCACACGUCCGCCAAUCAUGAAAAAUCCCCCAACUGGAUUGCACCCCACCCAGUCAGGCGCAGAGUCCCCACCAACGUUUUCAGCAGACGUAGAAGGGGGAAAAUUAGAAGCACCUGA